CUUAGUCUUUCUUGCUUUAUCCGUGUUUAGCACAGGUGUUUAGUUAUACUAGUUAGUGGUUCGAAACAUGUUAUUCUUUGGAAUAUUUUUUCAGUUUUUAUUUGGAUUCAUUUCAAUGCAAGAGGAUUCGGAAUGGCCUCCUAAUGCUCAAGUCAAUGAUGGCGAAACAUUCGACUACAUUAUUGUGGGCGCGGGAUCUGCCGGAUCAGUACUAGCCAGUAGACUAACAGAGUUAAAACAUUUACGCGUUUUAACUAUUGAAGCAGGAGGCAAUCCAAACGAUAAAGGUUUUGUCAGUGUACUAGAUAGUGAGUACGUGUUCAGCUACCAAUCGCAAUAUUCAGCGAGUACAGGCCAAGCUCAGAAGAUCCCCGGAGUGGUGCCGUUGCUGAGAGGAAAGAUGCUCGGCGGUAGUUCAAGUUGUAAUGGGAUGUGGUACUGCAGGGGAAAUCCUGAAGAUUAUAACUUCUGGGUGGAAUCGGGCUUCAACGGAUGGGACUGGAAUACAGUUUUUCCGUACUUUUUAAGAAGUGAAAAUUUUACCGGUGAUCUCGUCAUGAGGGAUCCUGUUUACUCAAGUUAUCAUAACACGACAGGACCUCUCAAAGUCACCCAACCAAUUGAAGGUGAUUCUAAUUACAAAAGGGCCAUGGAUAUUAUGCAAACAGCAUUAGAUGAAAUUGGAAUAAGACCAAUUUUAGAUUACAAUGGUCCUUCUCAAUUUGGGGCUUCACCGUUAUCUUUAACUUUUUCUGAUGAACGUGUAAGAUCAAGUACAGCAAGAGCGUUUUUGCGUCCAAAUAAAGAUAGAGAAAAUAUGUUUAUUUUGAAAUAUGCCUAUGCGACUAAAAUAUUGAUUGAUGAAAACCAAACAGCCUACGGAGUAGAAGUCUAUGUCCAAAAUAAAACCGUAUCAUUCUAUGCAAACAAAGAAAUAUUGGUGUGUGCUGGUGCUCUAAAUACUCCGAAGCUACUUAUGGCAUCUGGGAUUGGCCCAAGGGAAAAUAUGAACAAUUUGAACAUUAGUGUAAUAUCUGAACUACCCGUUGGUAGUAAUUUACAAGAUCACUUUUUACUGCCGAUUUUAUUAACAGGAGUGAAAGACCAUGAAUAUACUGACAAAGCAAAUAGCGUUUAUCCAACUUUAAAUGGAUUUUAUUCUGUUGAAAAUUUUAGAAGACCAGAAUUUCAAGUCUCUACCAACUUUUAUUCAAAAUCGUCUGAGCAAAUUGGUGGGCAUUUUAGCUUUGUUUUAAAUUACAAUGACAAUCUAGUUAAAGAUAUUGAAGACAACAAUAUUAAUCAAGAAAUAAUUGUGGUUCAAAUUCAAUUGUUACAUCCAAAGUCAAGUGGAAAAGUAAUCGUGAAAGGUGUGGACUAUGAUAUUGAUCCUGAAUUCUACAUGGAUUAUUUCUCAGACAAAGAAGACUUGGAGUUAACUUUAAAAGGUAUUAAAGAAGUACUCAAAGUACGAGAAACUACAUAUUUUCGCAACGCUAAUUCUUCUGUUGUUGAAUUAGAUUUACCUGCAUGUAAAGAUUAUACAUUUCUUAGCGACGAAUAUUGGAAAUGUUAUGCUCUUGCGAUGUCCGCGUCGGGAUUCCAUCCAGCAAGAACAUGUGCUAUGGGGAAGGUUGUAGAUACAAACUUUAAAGUGUAUGGAGUUAAUAGCUUAAGAGUUAUAGAUGCGAGUGUUUUUUAUGACAUGCCCAGUGGAAAUUUAAACGCUGUUGUCAUUAUGAUGGCUGAAAGAGCAGCUGAUUUAAUAAAAAACGGAUUGUAGUAUUUUCGUUUGAUAUUCGAUCAUGGAUGUAACUGCUGUAUUUGGACCUCGUGAUCUUGAGAAUGCUAUUAGAUUAUUAACUAUGUAAAUAGGAUAGAUUAUUUAGUCGAUAAGGUAAAUAAGGUGAUUGAUUGACGCUGACUGAUUUACCAACGUACAGCUUACAUGUCCAUGCAGCAUGCAGGCACAUAAUAUGCCUAUUAUAAUAUCUACAUGACUAUAAUGUUUAUGACCUUUGAUUUUAUUAUGAAAUAUUUUUUGUAAAGAAUGAAAACUUUAGGCCAAAUUUUGUUUUAUUAUUGUUAUAAUUAAAAGUCAUUAUAGUGUAACUAUGAUAGGUGAUGAUUUUUGCAUAAUAAAUUAUUUUCAACUCAA